AUGCUCACACGGAAAUCUCUGAGAGGUGCCAGCACGAAGAGUAUAUCCGAAGCAUUACGAGCGGCACGGUCACGAGAAGAGCAGGAUACACUUUUAGGAGAUGGCGUUGAGGCGGACGACGAUGGAUGCUAUCCUCCGAGAAAGAAUGAUGAUCCACGAAUACCAAAUCCGCAUAGAGCGUUGCCGGUGUACAAUACAACCCACAAGAUCAGGCGUUUGAUCAUUGCUAGCAUCGAUGAUCCGUACAGCAACGAGCAACUGAGAAGUCCACGCAUGAACGCCGCAGUCGUUCGGCCGUUGGUCGAUCAUCUCUACGACCCGGACGACGUCUCCAUUGUCUUCUGUCUGCUGGUCAACCGCGUGCAAUUCUUGAGGGAGCAGUCGUACCAGGCACAUCAUCAAACAGUCAACAUUACGAGGGCGUAUCUGUGCGAGCUGGUCGCAAGUCGAGUAUUACGACGCUUCGAUGAGGACCAUGAAGGCAGAGAUGGUCUGCUCAAGCUGGCGAAUGUUCUCGUGGCUGGAUUCGAGCCAUUCCAAAACGCUCCGUCUGAAGUCACAAGAGAGCACAGAACCGCUCUGCAUUGGACGAUCAGAUGGCAUCUUGCUCGCCCGGAAGGACAGCGCAUGCUUACGGCACUGGAAGUUGCCAUUGUGUCCGAGUCGAAGAGCUUUCUCAGCAGCUCAGCCUGCCAAAAGAUUGUGGAGAACGUCUAUCGCGGACGAAUAAUCUAUACUCCCACAUCGUUCAUCGACAUCCUUCCGGACCACUACAAAGACCGCGGCAUCACACUUUACGACCCACGGCGUGCACCUCUCCUCAACCAAUAUCGCCUCAUUGUCCCACGCACACGCAACAUCAUCGAAGGAGUCCAAUUCGCCAUUCUGCUGAUUCUCUACGUCCUUACCAUGACCAUCGAAGCGGAGACCAUUGGCCCUAGUCAUCUAGAAUUCACCAAACUCGAGCUCGUCUUCAUCAUAUACGCCAUCGGCUGGAACCUCGACGAAAUUGCCUCGAUCCUGAUGCACGGCUGGACCGUCCAUACAGAAAACCUGUGGUCCUUCCUCGAUAUCACCUUCGUCUUCAUCUUCUGGACAUACCUCGGCGUGCGCACCAACGGCCUUAUGUACAACGAUCCGGCGACCAGCAAACUCGCCUCCGACAUCCUCGCCAUGGCGGCGCCGGUCCUCCUGCCGCGGCUUGCCUUCUGUGUCAUGUCAGAAAACAUGCUGUUCAUAUCCCUCCGCGCCAUGAUGUCGGAUUUCACCUUCCUAACUCUUCUCGCAUGCUGGUGCUUCGGUGGCUUCAUCCUCGCCAUGUGGUGGCUCAGCGAAGGCCAAGAAGGCUUUCUCAACCAUACAAUAAUCACCAUCUCCAAGUGGAUGCUCUGGAUCUGGUUCGGGCUGGAUGGUACAGGUAUCCAGCGCAGUGUGGAAAUGCACUGGUUCCUUGGUCCACUCCUCAUGAUCAUGUUCGCUUUCCUCGGCAACACCCUCUUUAUGACCAUCCUUGUCGCGAUGCUGUCCAAUACGUACGCCUCCCUCUCCAAAAACGCCACGGCCGAGAUAGAAUUCCGCCGCGCUGUGCUCACUUUCGAAGGAGUCAAGUCGGACGCUCUGUUCGCCUAUCGUCCACCCUUCAACGUCCUCGCAUUGGUAAUCCUACUACCACUCAAAUUCGUACUUACACCUCGUUGGUUCCACAAAGUGAACAUCACCGCAGUCCGCAUCCUCAACGCUCCGAUCCUGCUGCUGAUAUCCUGGUACGAGCGUCGCUACCUCUGGAAACGCCCAACCCUCCUUUCGCCUCCCAGGAAACAUACCUGGCUUUCCAUGUGGGAGCGCUUCGGCGCGCACGGCGACUUGCAAGCAGUGUUCGACUCGGAUCCACCGCAGAGUGUAUUGGAUGAGUUCGAUGACGUGGACGAUGUGCUGGGCCUGGAAUUGGUGGAUGGGUUUGAUUACACGAGUGCGAUGAGGGCGAGGAGAGGGAGUAGGUCGAUCAGCGAGGCGAGUGGAGUGUUCUAUUCGAGGUCAAGGAGUCGGUUGAACGGUAUCAGGAGGAACGGCAGGAGAGGGGAUAGUUGGCCAGAGGUACCGGUCCCGGAUGGGAAUGAUGAUGGAGGGCAGGUUUGAGAGGGCAUGGUGUACGUGCUGAUAGUGUGAGGGUACCAGUACAAGAAAGUUACUUUGUGCCAGGGUUUGAGAGCAAGAAGAGGAAGAACUCUUCUACG